AUGGAAAAAUUCAAAAAAUGGCGAAAACAACGGAAACCGAUCACGUGUGUGCCUGAGGCCACAAAUUCAACCAACAACGCGCCCCCUCCGGUCUACAAGACAGACCCCCCUUUGGUAUCCCCUCGUUCGGCGGCGUUGAAAUUCGGGUUGAAGCUUCUCUACGAUUGUCCCAAUGCAAUCGUUGAUAUUUGUUUUGUUCAUGGGUUGACUGGCGACCGUGACAAGACCUGGACCGCGGUAGGCCAGACAACACCAUGGCCCAAGAUACUACUUCCCCCGAAACUCAACGCUCGUAUCCUGAUGUAUGGCUAUGAUGCCCAUGUUGCACGAAAAUCAGUCGUUUCGUCAAACCGGCUCAUAAAUCAUGCUCAGAACCUUUUGGGGGACUUAACGGCCGAUCGAAGCUGUUGCAAUGCCUCCUCUCGUCCCUUGAUUUUUGUCGCCCAUAGCCUUGGUGGUUUAGUGUGUAAAAAGGCCAUUCUUCUCUCGCAAAAUGCCGCUGAGCCUCAAUUGCGGGCUCUCUUUGAUUGCCUUGAAGGAAUCGCAUUUAUGGGAACUCCACACAAGGGAGCGUGGAUGGCAGAUUGGGCCAAGAUUCCGGCUUCCGUAUUUGGUCUUGUGAAAUCGACGAAUGUGACCUUACUCGAUAUAUUGCAACGAGAUAAUCAGCUUUUGGAUUCCAUACAAGUCGACUUCGUGACAAUGAUUCGAAGACUGCGAGAGAGUGGUAGGGCCGUUGGGGUCGUGUGUUUCUUUGAAGAAUUGCCAUUCCCUGUCGUGGGUAAGAUUGUUACGGAAGAAUCGGCGACACUGGACGGUUAUGAUGUUUAUAGCAUUUAUGCCAACCAUCGGGACAUGGUUCGGUUUGAGUCGGAAGAGGACCCUGGGUUCAAGAGGCUGCUGUGGAAGCUUCUUACGUGGACUUCGCAAGUCGGUAAAAUACUUCCUCUCUACACUUAG